CACCUAUUAUAACCUCAUCACCUUCCUUUCUUCUUCAUCCCUACACUAAAGUUUUCCCAAAGAAACAAAUAAGAAGCAUGAAGUUCGGUAAGAGUCUGAGCAACCAGAUAGAGCAGACACUGCCUGAAUGGCGUGACAAGUUCUUGUCUUACAAAGACCUCAAGAAGCGUCUCAAACUCAUCACCUCCACAACUCAAGAUCGUCCCACCAAACGUCUCCGAGUAGACGCCGAGUGUUCCCUAGGAAUGUCCAAAGAAGAGAUCAGUUUCAUACAGUUGCUGGAGGGCGAGUUGGAGAAGUUCAACAAUUUCUUCGUUGAAAAAGAGGAAGAGUACAUCAUCAGAUUGAAGGAGUUGAGAGAUAGGAUCGUCAAAGCUAAGGACUCAAAGGAGAAGAUGAUGAGCAUGAGGAAGGAGAUUGUUGAUUUUCAUGGAGAGAUGGUUCUCCUUGAGAAUUACAGUGCCCUAAACUACACUGGAUUGGUUAAGAUACUGAAGAAAUAUGACAAACGAACUGGUGAUCUCAUGCGCUUACCUUACAUACAAAAAGUUCUUCAGCAACCCUUUUACACUACUGACUUGUUGUACAAGCUAAUAAAGGAAUCCGAGGCAAUUCUUGAUCGAUUUUUCCCCGCUACACAUGAAGCUGAGGAUCCUACUGAUGCAACAGACUCUGAGAAUAUCCAAGCAGAGCUCUCAGAGCACAAGUUCAUGGAAAGCCUCCACAUGAAAAGUACAAUAGCUGCUUUGCGUGUGUUGCAAGAAAUCAGGAGCAAAAGCUCCACAGUCAGUGUCUUCUCGCUGCCGCCACUCCAGUUAAACGGGUUAGAUGAGACAUGGAAGAAGAUUCCGUUGUUGGAGCAAGAAGCCAAAUAGAGUGAGAGAGAUGGAGACACUUCUUUUCCACUUAGAAGCUAACAGAUUAUACACCAGAUACAUUAUCAAUGUGGACAUCUUUUGUCCUUAUUAUUAAGUUCUUUGUGGUUGUAACUUUGUUUCUGUGUUGUGUGUAGUAAUCAUGUAGUAUACUAC